AUGCUGUGGUCCGUUCGUCUUUGUGCGGUCCUUUGCGCUCUGCUUGGAGCCUUGGUCGCGCAAGCAGCACCGAUCUCCUCCUUCGGCAGUGGCGUGCGUUUGCUCUACCAGAACGACCUUGACUGGAACAAGGCCUCUUCCUCUUCAACUCGCCAGCCUGGCUACCUGCUCCUCACCACUCCGCUCACCGCGAGCGAAGCUGCUACAAGCUGCCGCAAUCUCGGCGAAGCCCUCGUGCCGACAUCCUCAGCUUCCGACGCUGGUUUGCAGUCGCAAAUCAACUACCUCAUCUUUGGCCGCACCUAUCCGAGCUCGCAGGCGUACUGGGUGGCUGAUGGCAACGCCUUCACUCUGAACAGCGGCGGGUCCAGUUUCACAGUGUCCAGACCGAGCAGCAGCGCUAGAUUUCCUGCCCUGUGCACGCAGAGGGCGCCCUGGCAAACCACCGACACCACCAAUACGAGCUCACAAUGGCAAGUCACGACACAGAGCAACAAUGUCCAGUAUACCGGCUACCGCGACGCGCUCUCGUUCCGCUUCUUGGCCGUGCCGUACGCCAACCCGGUACAGCGAUUCGCCUACUCGACGCCAUUCGACCCAAGCGUUGCCGGCAGCAGCCUCAUCAACGCCCUUGACACGAGCAGAAACAAACAGUGCCCGCAGGACAACGUCAACGGCGCCUACUCUGAGCAGUGUCUGGUCACCAACAUCUUCACGCCUUACUUGCCAUCUGCAUCCGAGGCGUCCAACAGCUCCGCGCUGAGGCCCGUCGUCGUCUUCUUCCACGGCGGUGGCUACGUUUCAGGAACGGGUCUGGAUAACACCUUUGACGGAGGCAACCUGGCGAGUCGCAGCGACGUCGUCGUGCUCACAUUGAACUACCGUCUUGGCACACUGGGGUUCCUUGCGUACAACGAUCAGAUCCGCGGCAACUAUGCAGUCGGCGAUGUGGUGACGGCUUUGCAAUGGGUGCAGAAGUACAUCAAGGCGUUCGGCGGUGAUCCGAGCCGGGUCACGAUCGCUGGUCAGUCGGCGGGCGCUCAGAUGGUGGAGAACAUUCUUGCUUCUCCUCCUGCAACUGGGCUCUUUCACCGUGCGAUCAUCCUGUCGGGUCGAGGGCAUGGUCCAGAAUUUGUCUAUCCAUCGAUCGCGGCUGCUCGUCAGUUCCGCGGGAACGACGUGGUGAACCAAGUUGGCUGCGGCACUGCUAGCGAUGUGCUCGCCUGCCUCCGCAGCCUGCCCGUUACCACGCUCGUCAAGGCCUCGGUCAACUUUGUCAACGUCGACGGCAACUACAUCCGCUACCCGCGACUCGACAUGCGCCCACCCGGAUCAGCGCAGGGGCACGUCAACCGCGUACCUGUCAUCUGGGGGCUGAUGCGCGACGAGCUGGCCUCACUCGGCAUCGUACCCCCCUCGUCCGAAACAAACCUCUCCAACGCGAUGAAAACCGCUCAGAUCGGCUCCAACUACUCGACGAUCGUUCUUAACAACCCCAGCGUCUUCCCGGUCAGCUCGUAUGGAGUUCAGAAUUUGACGGUUGCGGUCAACACCGAGAUCAAGUACCGCUGCGGGAUUCAGAGCAUGGCGUACGCCUCGGUGGUGAACGGCGUCUUCCCGAGCGUCUGGGCGUAUAUCUUCGAUCGACGCUCGUAUCAGUUGCCCUUUUACGAUCCGUACAACGUGUGCAAGCCCAAGAGCGGAAGCAUGAGCGCAACGACGUAUUACAUGUGUCACUCGGGCGAUCUGAUCCCUUUCUUUCACUCCGUGGGUAUGGCGUUCAAGCUGCCUUAUCGGGACAGCAACGAUCUGCCGUGGAUGGCGGGUGUGAUGGAUCAGUUCUCGGCUUUCAUUAGGACAGGAAACCCGACGCCGUCGACAGCAUACCUGCAGGCGCGCGGGAAAGCAUACGCCUCCUCGCUGGCGAGGAUCACUGGGUCGGGCGCUUGGAGCCAGCUGACAUCCUCGAGCCUCAGGACGCUAAGCAUGUCCAUCUCGCAGGUCAUGAAACCGCUCGCACAGAGAGGCGACCAGUGCACUGCGCUGGGUAAGCCCACCGACUACAUUGCCAAGAUGUAG